AAAGGCAACUGAACACGAUCUGUUACUCACACGAGUGGCUCUGAUUAAUUUCAAUAUUGUUUUAAAUUUACAGGUCAAAGGCACAGAAAUUGUAGAUCUCAAGCAAGUAAAAGAAUAUAGUUUAAAAAGCAUGUUGAAUGUACCACAGAAGCCCUUCAACCCGCCACUGAAACAUCUUUUUCAUGCAAUUCUUCUCCAAACUCUCAUUCCGCUUCCGGGUUCACAGAAUUCAAUCAAGAAUCCAAAAGUUUGGACUUCGAAGCCAUUCGGCGAACUCAGUCUGACAGAAACUUAGAAGAAACUACUAGUCUAUAGUUGUUGUGACGUGGAAGAGUUAAGGAAUUCAGCUGCACCAUUGAAGUCUUCAUAUAAACAUGAUCACGACUCAAUGCUGGAAACAGCUCCUUCUUUUUCGAUAUUUAACGAAGCAAGUGAGCUUUGUGAUGAAAUGAUUCCGAGGCAGGAUUCUAAACAAGAACCACUAGGGAGGACUAAUACAGUAGGAGAUAGCAUAGACGUGACCUGGGGUGGAGGCUUCAGCUUUGAGAAGAUGGGAUUGAUUGAGGAGAAAGAGGAAGAGGAAGGUAUGAAGGCGAUCCGGACUUUGCGCAUUGAUGAAGAAGUAAAAAGACCUGCCAGUCCUCCCUUGUAUCUUGCAACAGGGGUUGGGGUUGGUGGUGCUGGUUCUGGUUGUGAUGCUUGGGAUAAUGAUUUAACUACGGAAAUUGUCGAUGCGAGCGACAAUCCCAAAGAGUAUUAUAAGAGGAUGGUUGAUGAAUAUCCCUGCCACCCUUUGUUCCUCAGGAAGUAUGGUCAAGCUUUUGAGGCUAAGGGAGAUUUCGAUGGAGCUGAAGAUUUCUGUUUCCGUGCUACACUAGCGAAUCCUGGAGAUGGUGAGGCUUUAUGUCAAUAUGCUACGCUGGUUUGGCAGCUUCAUCGUGACCAAGAUAAAGCCGUGAGUUACUUUGAACAUGCAGCUCAGGCUAGUCCUCACGACAGGUACCAUUUUAUUGAUUAAAUCUUUCUCCAAAGAAAACAGAAAUCUACUUUCACAUUACUUGCUGAAGCAGUUAGGUUUUGUACAAAUCCGCGUACAUUUUGUCAAAGUGAUGCACGGUAAAAAGAUCUUGACCAGAUUGCUGUUUAGGCUGUUUAGCACAUCUGAAUGUUAAUAAUUUGUUUCUGGAUUGGAGCAAUAUUCUUGCAGCAUACGCUAGUUUUCUUUGGGGAAUAGAGGAUGACUCGGAAGAAGAUGAAGCAUGUCGUGGUCAGGUGGAGGUGCUUUAUUGGUCUUUUUGUUCUCUGGUUGACGAUAUGAUGGCAUUUGAGAAUGCUUACGUUACUGUAAAUGACCUAAUGCCCUGUGGAACGGAUUCUGGAUUUCACGGGCGAUGGUGUGCCUGAUACAGCAGCAGCUGGCUCAAGGAGUGACGACCCUGAGGAGAAUUACAAGAUGAUGAUUGAAGAGAAGCCCAACAACGCUUUGUUGCUAGGAAAUUAUGCUCAGUUCUUGUGGCGGGUGAGAAACGUGCAUUCUGCUCUCUUAUCAUUCGGUUUUUUAUAUAAAACCUCAACUUACGAAAAUCCAAGGGAGACCUUCAAGGAGCACAAGAGUAGUAUUUGCAGGCGACACUAGCUGAUCCUGGGGACGGUGAGAUCAUGGCUCAAUAUGCAACACUGGUAUGGGAACUUCAUCACGACAGUAAGAGGGCACUGUCGUACUUUGUGCGAGCAGCUCAAACUAAUCCCGAAGACAGCUCAACCUGGAAACAUUGUCUUGAAAAUGUGCUUCUGUAUUCUGUAGUAAUAUAGCUUUAUUGACCGGAUUAAAUGACCUGUUGGCAUUUGGUUCCAUUGCUUUUAGCUAUAUUCUUGCUUGCGGCGUAUGCUCAUUUCCUUUGGGAACAUGACGAAGAAGAUGAGGAGGACAGCGUAAUGCAAGCUCACGUCCAAGCGCCUCUUGUACAAGGAGGAGUGGAGAGCGUUGGAAACGCCUGAAUUGCUAACACAGAUUGCCGGAUUGAUGAAUUAAUAUCUAAUGCUUCAUAGGAUCAGAAGCUGUACACUCUUCUUGUUUUUGUAACCGAGAAAUACAAC